UUUCAUUCCAUUCACUAUUUCACUCAACUGUAUGUCGAUGUCAAUAUUAUCAAAUAAUAUUAUCAAUAAAAUUUCAAUAUCUUUUGGUUCUCGUUGAAUUUCUUGUUAAGAAUAAUACAUACUCGACGUUACAAAAAUCGUACUUAUAGUAAUGCGUGUGUUUUAAAAAGCAUUCCAAUUUAGAUAAGGACAGAAGAGCUAUAUCAAUAUCAUGCCAGAAAUCAAAAGACGAAAUGUAACCAAAGAUAGAGAUAAAAAAGGAAAUAUAAAUGAAAAAACCGAUAAAUUAAAACCUAAGAAGGACGAGACUCCCAACCGGAAUUUGUCUUUAAAAAUAUUAUCUCGCUCAGUAGUUAUAUUUUCUCUCCUAAUAAUAGUUUACUUUUCGUCUAAAGAAGAAAACAUAAAAGUAUUUGCUAAACAGUCCGAGAAGUUACAGGGAAAGGGUCAAGUAGUUGAAUGUUCUGCAUCAUAUAUGAAAGAGGUAGACAUAUAUGAUGGCUGUUUCCCAAAGUACUGUAAAAGAUUUGUGACUGACAUGGUAGUGUCAGACAUUGAAGCUGAUAAGCUGCUAGCAAUAGCUAAGAAAGGGCUGAGACAUGGUGGUUCAACCGGAGGUGCAUCAAUACUCGAUUUGCACAGCGGAGCAAUGUCAAAAGGACAGUAUUUUGUUAAUUUUUACAAAAUACCGGAACUGAGCAAUGUCUUUGAUGAAAGUGAUUUUAAUGCUUAUAGGGUGGUUAAAGAGAAAAUCAAGCAUAGUGUUGCACAUCAUUUUGGAGUAUCUCCAGAUUUGCUGUAUUUAACACAUCCUACAUUCUUCUCAGAAAUUACUUCAAAAGAAGCAGUCACAGUACAUGAUGAAUACUGGCAUCCUCAUGUUGAUAAAGAAACUUACAAGUCAUUCCACUACACUACAUUGCUGUAUUUAGGAGAUUAUGGAAAAGACUUUGAGGGAGGAAGAUUUGUAUUUAUUGAUGAGAAAUACAAUAGAACUGUGGAACCCAGGAAAGGCAGAGUGAGCAUGUUCACCAGUGGUGCUGAAAACCUGCAUUUUGUAGAGAAAGUUACAUCAGGCAUAAGAUAUGCUAUAACAGUAUCUUUUACUUGUGACCAGAGAUAUGCUAUUGAGGAUCCUAGUGUAAAUAAGUAUGAAAUUAAACAUUCCGAAUAAACACAAUACGUAAUAUUAUACAUACUGGAUAUUAUUUUAUUUUACACACCAUCUACAAAAGUUUGCUGAUGUUAUUUACUAAAAUGCAAUUAAAAAGUAUUGCUUCACACUGUUCAUAACAUAAAACGACUACUAUUGUUAAAAUUCGAUUUUUUUACUGCACUGAAAAGUGUGAAUAAUGGACUACACGCCAUAGUCAAACAUUAGGCGAAAGUUUUGGAAACCUAUACUCUGGCACUUUGUCAGUAGAAAAGGGUGCGAAAUUCAAAUUGUUUAUGGGAGGACAACCUUCUGCGCCACAAAUUUGCCGCGUUUUCUACUGACGGAAAAAUCUUGCCAAACUAUAAUUUAAAUCUUUUGCUUGUAUGUCACACUGGGUACUAACUAAUUGCGGCGUUUGGGGUAGAAACCCUGGGGCCGCGGGGGCCUAGCGCGCGUCGCGUUUAUGAGGAGCUGUCAAAUCGCCUUAUAGAAGCUUCUGGUGACCAGAGGGCUGGCCAAUAUUUUGCCCAGCGGAUCAGCAUUGCCAUCCAGCGGGGCAAUGCGGCCAGCCUUCUGGGCACCCUACUGUCCUAUAUAUUAUACUACUCUUUGCACCCUACCGAGCAACUUCGACUUAGGCCAAUUUUUUUAUUUAUAACUUUUUAAUUUACAUGUUUUUAUUAUGUUUUACUUGUUUUAUGUUAUGGUUAUGUCAAUCAAAGAGCAUAUAAUCACUACGUUCUAAUGUCAAUCAAAUUUACUUGCAUGGACCUCGUAUAGACGAGAUGAAUUACUUUGUUGACACAAUAACACCAACAUAACAAACCUAUCUUUGUUAUUUUUUUUUUGUUAACACGUUGAUCUUUAUAAAUACUCUGUGGUCUUAACCACAGACAACAAUAUUUAAAGUGUGCGAAAAGUAAAUCACAUUUCAUAAUUAUGCAUUUCAUUCAUUCACUAGUGAACGCGAAGGUUGUAUGCAUGUGUUGUGUUCACUCAAAACAAAACAUAAUCGUGUCUAAUCGAACUGUCGCCUUUCCAAACAAAAAAUCUCAAGUGAUUCCAAACAUGUCGUUUACUAUUUUUGUUAAAUCAAAAUUCUAGUGUAACCAGAAACAGAGCAAUAAUUUUUAGGCAAAUAUAAAUUCUCCGCGACAGUGCGCAAAG